AUGAAGAGAACUGUAGACGCCGAGAUUGUGAUCGUGGGAGGUGGUAUUUGUGGCCUUGCAACAGCCCUUGCACUUCAUAGGAAAAGAAUUAGAAGUUUGGUGCUAGAAAAAUCAGAGAAGUUGCGAGCUACAGGAGCAGCUAUAAUCGUGCAGGCAAAUGGCUGGCGUGCACUUGAUCAGCUCGGUGUUGGUUCAACACUUAGACAAACUGCCAUUCAAAUACAAGGCGGAAAAUUCAUAUCGCUUAGCGAGGCAGAGCCAAAGGAAGUGCCAUUUGGGGUCAAUCAAGAAUUUCGUUGUUUAAAGCGUACUGAUCUGAUCAAAGCCAUGGCCAAUAGUUUGCCAAUGGGAACUAUACGUACCCGCUGUCAAGUGCUUUCCAUUGAAUUAGAUCCUAUAACACAGUAUCCAAAGCUUAUGCUUAGCAAUGGAAGUAUCCUUCAAGCCAAGGUUGUUAUUGGAUGUGAUGGCGUGCAUUCUUCCAUUGCAAAUAUGCUUGGGUUAAAUUCAACGAAGCUCUUGGUCUUCUCUAUAUGUGUUGCACGAGGCUUCACAAAUUAUCUAAAUGGUCAUCAAUUUGCUAGUGAGUUUGUAGUGAUAAGCAGAGGUCAAGUUCAACUUGGAAGAAUCCCAAUGUCUGACAAGCUCGUUUACUGGUUUGUGACAAGACUAAGGACUUCUCAAGAUUCAAUAAUUUCAAAAGACCCAGUACUUAUUAGACAAUCUUUAGUGGAAUCAAUGAAAGGUUUCCCUGUAGACGCGAUGUACAUGAUACGAAAUUGCAAGUUGAACUUGUUGCAUCUCGCUGACUUGAAGUAUCGCCCACCAUGGAACUUGCUUCUUAACAACUUUAGGAAAGGUACAGUAACAGUCGCUGGUGACGCAAUGCAUGCAACAGGCCCAUUCAUUGCACAGGGUGGCUCAGCCUCCAUAGAAGAUGCUGUUGUUCUUGCCAGAUGUGUGUCACAGAAGAUGCACAAUGGUAAGAAAACGAGAAGAGAGCGAUAUAUCUUAGAGGAAGCAUUCGAUCAAUAUGUGAAAGAAAGGAGGAUGAGAAUCUUGUGGCUCUCUUUGCAUUCUUUCCUUGUUGGGAAGAAGCUUGAGACACAAUCAUUGAUAGUGAAAUCGAUCAUCCUUGCAAUCAUGGCUGUUCUGUUUAGAGACCCAGAUGAACAUACCCAUUAUGAUUGUGGAACUCUAUAGGAAGA